GCUUCUACAUUGUACAUUCGCAGAUGACCAAAAUGGCGGAUUCGUCGGUCGAUGUAGUCGAGGGCUGUAGGCUCCCUGUUCUCCGAAAAAAUCAGGAAAACGAAGAUGAGUGGCCCUUGGCCGAAAUUCUUAGUGUGAAAGAGAUCCCUGGGAGAAAACUCUACUAUGUCCACUAUAUUGACUUCAACAAGCGUCUGGAUGAGUGGGUUACGCCGGACAGGCUUGACAUGAAGAAGCUCCAGUUCCCUAAGAAGGAAGCUAAAACGCCCACUAAGAACGGGCUUCCGGGGUCGCGGCCCAGCUCCCCGGAGAGAGAAGUGGUAAGAGCGGCCGGAGCUGGCACCCAACAUACUCCCAGCAGGCCCCCCCAGCCGCAAGCCCAGCAGAAGUCUAUACCCACCAAAACUUCUCUACCAGACUUUCAAGUGUUGCAACAACAAGCUCAGAGGAAGAGUCUAGAUCUCAACCUUCAAACUGCCACUGCUCCUUCCAGAGGCAAAACCCUCCCCACACCGAAGAGGAAAGCAGAGUCUGUGUCCCUGGCAACACAAGUGUCCCCAGCAACCCCCGUGCCAUCCUUGCCAGGUUCGGCUGAAGCCUCCCAGGCGUCUGUUUACCCUGCUGUAAGGGACACCAACACCUUCAUCCUCAAAUCAAACGCCCGCGAUGACCAUGAGCAGCUUACCUCUCUCACCACGAAUGGUACUGCCCGUCGCCCCAUGCCCAAUCAGCCAGGCAGGAAGAGGAAGCAGCCGCCCAACUGCGGGGGAACCGAUGAGAUAAUAAAGGUUUUCCAGUAUAACAACAGCCCUCGAUGUGCCAAUGUCUAUCUGCCGCCAGGAGAGGACUCGCAGGACAGCUCUGAUGGCAUCCCCUCCGCCCCUCGCAUGACUGGCAGUCUGGUGUCAGACCGUAGCCAUGAUGACAUUGUCACGCGUAUGAAGAACAUUGACUGCAUUGAACUGGGCCGCCACAGGCUGAAGCCCUGGUACUUCUCCCCCUACCCACAGGAAUUGACCACAUUGCCUAUUCUCUACCUCUGCGAGUUCUGCCUCAAGUACCUCAAGAGCCUCAAGUGUCUGCAGAGGCAUCUGACCAAGUGUAAUCUUCGGCAUCCACCUGGCAAUGAGAUCUACCGCAAGGGCACCAUCUCCUUUUUUGAAAUAGACGGCAGAAAAAACAAAACAUACUCUCAGAACCUGUGUUUACUUGCCAAGUGUUUCCUGGACCACAAAACCCUGUACUAUGACACAGACCCCUUCCUCUUCUACGUCAUGACAGAGUACGACUCCAAGGGCUUCCACAUAGUGGGCUACUUCUCCAAGGAGAAAGAGUCGACGGAAGAUUACAACGUGGCCUGUAUCCUCACCUUACCUCCCUACCAGCGGAGAGGCUACGGCAAAUUGCUCAUUGAGUUCAGUUAUGAGCUCUCUAAGGUAGAGGGGAAGACGGGCACACCAGAGAAGCCUCUGUCUGACCUGGGGCUGCUUUCAUACCGCUCCUACUGGUCCCAGACCAUCCUGGAGAUCCUCAUGGACCUUAAGCCUGACAACGGGGAGAGGCCGCAGAUCACCAUCAAUGACAUCAGCGAGAUCACCAGCGUCAAGAAAGAGGAUGUCAUAUCAACACUUCAGUACCUUAACCUAAUUAACUACUAUAAGGGCCAGUAUAUCCUGACUCUUUCGGAGGACAUAGUGGAGGGGCAUGAGAGAGCAAUGCAGAAGCGUCACCUGCGCAUCGACUCCAAAUGCCUUCACUUCACCCCCAAGGACUGGAGCAAGAGGGGCAAAUGGUAGAACCCUAUCUGGUUCUCCUGGCCUCUCUCACGCUUUCUCUUACCGCAGACUUUCCUGAAGCACUCCGGGUGAAGAGCACCACACAGGUCUCCUCAGAGAGGGAGCUUCAAUACAAAUACCAUUUUUUCUGUCAUAAUCGAAGAUUUAAAAAUGAACACGAACUGUGUUGAUAUUCAGCGUCAUUUUUCUGAAUCAUGUCCAACCUCCUAUUGCCCUCACCAGAUUCUGUCUGUCAUUGGCACCAGUAGUUCCAUUAGCUUAGUCUCAAUAGUAGGAAUGGUCAUAUCUACUAAUGUUGGAUAGAUGACUCCUACCCUCUGUUUCUUCACCUUCCUGGCAUUUGUCUUACUCAGCUUUCAAAACUCUUAGACUAGUCAGUAAUUAGUAUGUGCUUAUGUUAGUGAAAAUAACUCUGUUAUUGUUUUGGAUGUAAUCCUGGAUUAUGACUACACAUAUCCACAGUCUCAUUGAUCCUACCCACUAUGAGAAUUACAGAUCUUACCCCUAACUGCUUGUGACCAGUAGGAAUUGUAUAUACUGUAAUAUACUGUUUUAUAAAGGAUUUUUUUUAAUGGUUUUGUAUUUCUGUAUGUUAAAUGAGAUGUGCGGGGAUGCUCAGUACAGAAAAUAAGACAUGCUGAACUCUUGCAAGAAAGUAUAUUUGGAUACCUCUACAGUUGACUGUCCUUAAAAAAAAAAACUAACACAUAUUUGACACAAUAUGCGUGUCAUUUAAUGAGACUAUUUACUGUACAUUUGUGUGUGUAUUGUAAGGGAUUUGUCACAAGUGAUUCAUACUUUAUGUUAUUGUGUUAAUGUUUACACAGUUAUUCUAUUUCCCUUCCUAUUUAAGUACAAAUUCUACAUGUAUUUGUCUUCUCUUGUAUUAUAUGAAUACAGUGAAUGGGUUUGAAAGUGGUUUAGAUUUAAGGAAAGGGUGGGAAUGGGUGAUUCAAAAUGUUUGGCUACAUAUUGAAAAAGGCUAUAAAUCUAACAAACAGAUGAGCUUGAUAUAAGAGCCUUAAAGAGAGAUUGCUUUACACAUCUAAUAAACCAGGACACUUUUA